GUUCGAUGUAUAUGCUUCGCCUCAGAUAUUUUCGUGUUUUCGCGCCUAAUUCGAGUCGCUGCUUUGACUUCAAACCAGCUUCGUUGACGUCAACGGAGCUACACCUUUUUACAUUGCUGGUAUGUCAUACCGUAAAGGGCUAGGGUAUCGAACAUGUGUAUUUCAAAUGGGAAGUGCAGUUGAUGUCAAUUCUGCCGACUGCGAAAAGAAAUUCUGCUAGAAUUUUUCGCGCCAAGCUGUUUUCUGCAUUUUUUAUUUGCCAAAAAAAAUCUGUUGUUGUGUGUGUGCGAAAAUCUAAAAUGACUGAAAUGAUAUUCUUUAAAUAAAAAAAUAUUGUUUUACUAAAAAUUGAAAUUAAUAAGAUUGUAUGCUAUACUACUAUACCGAGGGUCAUUGUACAAAGAAACAGCAAGUGUUGGGUUGAAUUUAUUUAAAUUGUUAAUAAUUAUGAUGAAAUUUUUUUAAGGCGGGGUUUGUUUUCGUUUAAUACCCAAAAGUGUUUAUCGAAAUCUAUAUUUGGCAUAUUUGUGAGAUCUAGAAGAUUAAAAAAUAAUAAUGGCUGCUUCUGUUUUAUUUGCUUGUGGUUUGAAUGAGCAAAAACUGCCAUCAUUCAUACACAUCAGUGAGGAAUCCAAUAUUGAUGGAAGCUUCUUAAUUAGCUCCAUUCUGGGUCAACGUUUGCGUAUUUCCAAUGCUGGCACCUUACUCGUAUGUUUGCAACACAACUAUCAACACUAUUUUAAUGCUGGCAUGCGUUUGGGCUAUAAUUGCAAUAUAUUCUUGGGUAAAACUCUUCGUGUUAUAGACUCUCUGAAUGACAUGGCCGAGGAUUUCCUUAACAGCAAAUGGUUGACAAAUGAAUGCCGUUUCACCGAUUUACUGUUGGCCGAUAUUAAGCAACAAAUAUCAGGCAACAGCUUUACAUCCCGUAUUAACACCACUGUUAUUAUUGAUAAUUUGGCAAUUUUGUACAAUUUGGGUGCCACCAAGGAGGACAUACAGAAAUUCUGUCAUAAUCUGGUAGCUCUAUCGCAAGAAUUUGAGAAUUUAACCAUCAUUACAAAAAUGAGCAAUUGUGACAUAUACAAUCUAGAUGAUAAUAAUGUGGCCAAAUUGGGUUCUUUACACAUCCGUGUUGUUAAACUUAAAAGUGGUGUAUUCCGUGAAGUAGAUGGUAAAUUGUUGAUUAAGAAAAUACAAGACGAGGCCGACAACAGUUACGAAUGCAAUUAUUCAUCAAAGGAGGUUUUGUACAAAGUCAAUGAUAGAAAUGUAAAAAUUUUCAAUCCAGGAGAAAUUGGUUUAAAAUCCUAAAUAAAACAAGCAAAAUUACACAACGAUUGAAAUCAUUACAUUUAAAUCAACAUACUUUAGAAAUCAAAACCUGAAUUUACAAAAUAUAAGGUGUUUUAAAUUCAUUUGUAAUAAAUAAAAUAUCUAAUAAAAUUUUCUAAUUUAUAGGUAUAAAUCA